GAGCAUCACGGCCCCUGCAUUCAAGGAAACGGGCAAACACAGCACUUUUGUCGACUUUCCGCUAUGUGCUAGUCCAGCACAGCACGCAUAAGAAGACAUAUACGACGUGGACCCCCCCUUAUGGAAGCUGCUUGUGUUUGAGAAGCUGGGGAUCUCUGCACAGUGAAGGGAGACCCCCCUCCUCCUCCUCCUCCUCCUCCUCCUCCUCCUCCUCCUCUUCCUCCUCCAAUUGUGUCCUGCGCCAAGAACUGUAAAGACAUGGUCAUCACUCUGCAUCCGUGAUGAACAGACAGCAGUGAGUGUGAGAAACUGUCAGAGGAUGCUCCUGAUCUGCGGGGCUCAGUGUUGAGGGAGGUACACAGAGCCAACUGGUGCCCACCAUGUCUCACCUACAACACUACCAGCGAGGCCUCCACGGCCGCACCAUGAGCUCUGAGGACAGGAGCUCUCCGCCGGUAAACAAGACCUCCACGCCAGUUCACAAGAGCGUCUCCUCCUCUUCCUCUUCCCAGCGCGAGAGUCGGCAGGAGGCAGAUAGCUGGGAAAUCAUUGAGGGGCUGAAAAUCGGCCAGAGCAACGUGCAGAGGCCUGAUAAACACGAGGGUUUCAUGUUGAAGAAGCGGAAAUGGCCCCUUAAAGGCUGGCACAAGCGUUUUUUUGUCCUGGACAAUGGUAUCCUGAAGUACUCCAAGUCCCCCAUUGAUAUCCAAAAAGGCAAACUUCAUGGCAGCAUCGACGUUGGCCUCUCAGUCAUGUCCAUCAAGAAGAGAGCCCGUCGCAUCGACCUGGACACCGAGGAGCAUAUCUAUCACCUGAAGGUCAAAUCUCAAGACAUCUUCGAUGCCUGGGUUUCCAAAUUGCGUCAUCACCGGCUUUACAGACAGAACGAGAUUGUGCGAUCUCCCCGGGAGGCCACCAUGCGAACGUUUCCUCCUCCCCCAGCUGCCAUGGAGUCCCCAAAACCUGCCUCGAGUGUGGCACAUGAAGUCAAGCAGGCCAAGCCAAGCAGUUUGCCGUGGCAGCCGGUGGCCCCCAGUAGCAACAGCAGCCUGCCUGCCUCCUACAGUAACGGCCAGAGCAAGGUGGUUGCUUGGCUGCAGGAAUCGGAGGAGAUGGAUAAGUGCUCAGAGGAGCUUGCAAGAUGUCAGUCCAAUCUGACUGAGCUGAGCCGGCUAUUGCAGAGUUUGGAGAUUCUACAAAGGACCCAGUCAGCGCCCAACUUCACAGAUAUGCAGACCAAUUGUGUAGAAUUGUCAAAGAAAGAGAAGCGCUUGAACAGAAGAUGGAGAACAAAAAGUGUCGGCAAAGAUGCAAAAUUCCAGCUUCAGGUCCCUUUGUCUGCCAGCAUGUCCCCUGUCCGUCUCCACUCAUCCAACCCCAACCUGUGUGCCGAGCUGGUGGACUUUCAACCUCCUGUCUCCCGGCUGACAGACAGUGUCGAGUGUGCCAGUGACUACAUUAAACUUCAGGAGGAAUUCUGCACAAUCGCCCAGAAAGUCCACUCUCUGCUGAAGUCGGCCUUCAACACGGUAGCCAUAGAGAAAGAAAAGAUCAAACAGAUUCUGUCGGACCAGGAGCAGUCAGACCAAUCAGCCCAGAUCAACUCCCUCAGGAAGUCUCUGUCACAGGCCCUGUCCCAAAAUGCAGAACUUCGAACCCGACUCAGCCGCAUCCACUCUGAAUCUGUCCUGACUGAACAAGUUGUCAGUGUGAACAUCAUCUCCACACCUGAUGAGGCUGGAGAACAGAUGGGGAUCCCUCUGACUCAGCAGGCCUCUAAUGAGAGCCGACUCUCCAUGUCGGAGUCUGUCUCUGAGUUCUUUGAUGCCCAGGAAGUGCUUCUGUCAGCCAGCUCGUCGGAGAACGAGGGCUCAGACGAUGAGUCAUAUGUCAGCGAUGUGAGCGAUAACAUUUCAGAGGACAACGCCAGUGUGACUGAUAACGUCUCCAGACAAAUGGCCAACGGAGACUUUGCUGGCAGUGCCUUCCGUAACGGCCGGCGCAGCUGCCUGCCAGCGCCGUGUCCCGACACCAGCAACAUCAACCUCUGGAACAUCUUGAGAAACAACAUCGGCAAGGACUUGUCCAAAGUGUCCAUGCCUGUGGAGCUCAACGAGCCCCUCAACACGUUGCAGCGUAUGUGUGAAGAGCUGGAGUACAGCGAGCUGCUGGACAAAGCUGCUGAGACGGAGGAUCCCUUUGAACGCAUGGUUCUCGUCGCCGCUUUUGCCGUCUCAGGCUACUCAUCCACUUACUACAGAGCAGGAAGUAAGCCAUUCAACCCGCUACUCGGAGAGAGCUAUGAAUGUAUUCGAGAAGACAAGGGCUUCUGUUUUUUCUCCGAACAGGUGAGCCACCAUCCUCCCAUCUCUGCCUGCCACUGUGAGUCCAAGAACUUCACCUUCUGGCAAGAUGUGAGAUGGAAAAACAAGUUCUGGGGAAAAUCAAUGGAGAUAUUACCAAUCGGAACUGCGAAUCUCAUGAUUCCCAGGUUUGGAGAUCAAUAUGAAUGGAACAAAGUCACCACUUGUGUGCACAACAUCCUCAGUGGACGGCGGUGGAUCGAACACUACGGGGAGAUCACCAUCAGAAACACAAAGAGCAGCGCUUGCCUCUGCAAACUUACCUUUGUCAAGGGAAACUAUUGGAGUUCUAAUGUGAAUGAGGUUCAAGGAUUUGUGAUGGAUCAAGAAGGGAAGGUGGUCCACAGGCUUUUUGGAAAGUGGCAUGAGGGCCUUUACUGUGGAGUCCCACCCUCUGCCAAAUGCAUCUGGAGGCCAGGCUCCAUGCCGACAGAUUAUGAGCUUUACUACGGCUUCACCAGGUUUGCCAUUGAAUUGAAUGAGCUUUGCCCCGAGUUGAAAGAUGUUCUUCCCCGAACAGACGCCCGAUUCAGGCCUGAUCAAAGGCAUCUGGAGGAGGGAAACUUGGAGAUGGCAUCCUCCGAUAAGCAGCGCAUUGAGGACCUGCAGAGAGUCCGGAGAAAGUGUAACGAUGAGAACAACAUCAAACUGGAACCGCGCUUCUUCAAGAAAGUGUUUGAUGCCAAUCACAGGGAGAGAUGGGUCUCCAACAACACGUACUGGGAGCUUCGCAAAAACCCCGGCUUCAUCAAUAUGGAAACUACAAUGAACCUGUGGUAGCACACGGAUUGCCAUGUCCAUCGUACCUUCAUCGGAGACAUGACGGCUGCUGCCUACGCACAAUAAGGUGUUAAGAGAAACAUGUAGUGAUGAAACAUCCGUGUGCAGGGAUAAGAGCGACUACAGAGCUGAAGGACGGCCCGAUGCCCACCAACCCUGUCGAGGUUCUGUGGCACUGCCACAUGGUCAUCCAUCCAUGGAAACAUCCUAUAGGAUCACCUUCAUUGUGUUUGUGGAAGCUGGGUUGUCAGGGCAACAAUCGUACCACUCCUAUGUAGAUCUCUCCUAAGCUCCUUUGACUUCUGAGUAUGUCCUUGCCUUAAAAAGACACCCAUACAAGUCACAUGAUUUAACGCUUUUUUCGUUAAAGCCAUUUGAUUUCUGACAGCAGUUUGGGUUAGACUAGUCUAUGAAGUAGACCUUUUGAUUACCUACAAUACCUAUGUGCAUGUUUAGAGAGCAGCCUUCACUGGCAUAAAGCCUCAUUUACUAUAUCAUCAAUCAUUGUAGAAAAAAGGUAUUUUUAUAAAAUAUCUUGGACUCAGAAUUUCGUGAAAUAGCAUUAUGUGAAUUGGCAGAUUUUAUUCAUUUUUGCCUUUUAAAACGGUUGAAUCUGUGUGAUAGCAGUACACUCUCUUGGGAAACAACCAAUUUGAAAUUAAUCUCAACUGUAGCAGAGUCGGUAUGGCAACCAUAGAUGUAAUUUUUAAUUAAUAUUUUCAAAUAGCGGCACUCAAAGCUGAUCAUGGUGAGGAAGGAGAAUUAAAAUGUAAAUCCUAUUCCGGUGUUUUGGCAACGUGAUGCAGGAGACACCUACAACCUUUACACAUGGUUUCUUUUUGAAACAGUCAACACAGAUCUGUUAUGCAGUCUAGUUUCGCCUCACAGUGAAGAUUCUUUGUAAAUAGAGGAUUAGCCUCACCGGCCCUCCCCUGCCCCACUGUCUAAUUUUAAACAUCGUUACAUGAAACCACCUCCUCUGAAUCACAUGGUUACAUAAAUACACACAUAACUCCCGCCAUAUAUAGUAGGCACACCAUAUAUAUAAUGGACUCUCCAUGAUAAAACACCAAAGGUCUAAGAGAAGAUGAUGUAGGAGGUUGUACAGAUUGUAAAGCACUCAGAGACACUUGUGAUUUUGGGCUUUAUAUAUAGACUUGACAGUGAAACAUGAGGAAAACAGUCACAUAUCUCCAGGAUGAGGCUAAACACUCAUCUACCUCCAGCUACACAAGUUGGGCAAUUGUUUUUAAAUGAUAAAAUAGUAUUUAAUCAACAAAUUAUUCAUUUUUAUUCCAUUUUUUUUUUACCAAAGUAUUUAAUUAAAUGUACAUUCUUGUUUUGACUAACUACCAAAAAUUUGAAAUGAGAUGAACCAAAACAAAGAAAAGGAAAAAACUUAUAUCAGCAACUGUUUGGUAUUUUUCUUGAUUAAUUACCUACUUUAAUAAUUAAUCAUCAAAACAGGAAUACAUUUUCUUUCGAUUAAUUAAUUAAUGCGUUAAUUAUGUCAGCACUCCAAAAACUAAUUCAGCCAAAAGUAUAGAGUUAUUCAAAUAUAAAAACACCAGAGCCACCUGGAGGUCGCACCAUGAAAAUGCAGCAUCAGUAUACUCUAGCUCAAAAAUAUGAAUAUUUCCUUAAACGUUUUAGAUGUUUAAAGCCAAACAACUUUAUACAAUUUUACAGUUCAAGAACCAAAAUGUGUGAUUCCCCAGAGACUUUACUGCUACAAUCUGGGCUUCUGCUCAGCACCAGUUACCUAUUUGCAGUUUGUGUAUUUAUUGCAAAGCAGAUUAGCUUAAAUGUUUUAAAUAUUGUCCCCCUUUUUGUGUUACAGAGAUAGAAAAUAUAAUUGAAAACAACCCCCCGAACACAUUCAAGUAGUCACACAUUGUCAACACCUUGUGUUUGAGCAUAUUUAAGUUGAUUUCCCGCAGGGUGAGGACACUGAAGGAAGAAAAAGAGGGAAUAUAAAUAUUAAGAAUGAAAACUAUGUGGAGCAAAUCCAUCAUGUGUGCACUGUUAAUAUGGUACUGUAGAUUACAAACCAAAAAGUAGAACUGCUUUGCAUCCAUAUCCUUUUUUUUUUUAUGUACUUAAUGUGCUUUUAAUUUGAUCCCCGAACACAAACUCAAUGCUAAAACUUGUCAACGUCAGUUUCACUUGCUGUGCCUUAACGCAUUUAUUAAUGCCUCACAAACACACUACUGAUAAGAAACCCCAUGCAAAGAAGGUAUGCCAUUAACAAACUCCAGACAUUAUCUCCACCUGCCUACAGAUGAUAAAUUGUACAGAUAGCGUUGAGGGUUUAGCUGUAGACAAAAUGUCUCUUCUAAAGUUUUAAAGGGAGAGGAGACUGUAAAAUGCUUGCAGAUAGUCUGCACUGCUCUGCUACUCCAACAUCUAACCAAUACAUUUUGGUUAUCACUGUAAAUACAGCACAUUUAGAAGAUGGGUCACUACUAAAAAAGCUGAUUCCUUUUUCCCUUUUACAUCAGUGAUUCUUUUUAAAACAAGACCGAAUCACAGCGGUUGUGUGAAGAGGUAACAGCAAAGCUUUGUGUAGUGUUUGUCAUUGAGUCUGACUGAAAUGAAAAAAUAAAAUCAUGGAAACCUCUCCAUGCUUUCUUCAUCCACUGUUGCACCUGCAUGUCUAGAAAACUUAGCCUGCCAAUGAACAUUGCAGAUGCCUUACCAAAAAAAGGGUUUUAUCUUUCAAUUGGGCUCAUGUUUUUGUUUUUGCUUUGGACUGACAUGAAUCCACUGUGUCAGCUCAUUUUCUUUCAAAUCUAUUUCCUGAUGGGUACCUUCUAAAGUGCAAUUUUAACAAAGUACAUAUCUUUCCAUGAACACUGUACACUGCUGCUACAUAGUGCUUGUUCUAAUAAAACUGUAAA